GCCGGUCAAGACUUCACCAAACUUGUCAAGUAAAGGUAUAAUAUAUGGCUGGAUUUGCACUUUUGUAUUAUGGAAAUCGUAGACGCAAAUAGUUCUUUUACGUCUUGGAGUAAGCUUCUUCGAUGCAGCAUUUGUCUUGGUGUGUACCGUCGACCACAUACACUGCAAUGUGGACACAGCUUUUGUACAAGCUGCCUUAAAAAUCUUGCCAGACUGACAAAAGAACAAUUUCCUCAAUGUCCAUUCGCAAGAUUGAAGUUCUCUUGUCCGACAUGUCGAAAAAGGACACUAGUUUCAUCAGUUCUGAACAGGCGAAUGUACGUCAAUUACUCCAUUCAAGAUUUUGUUGAAAACUGGCGUGAACAAGAUAAAAAGUUUCAGGAUGAAGGUUAUGUUGCUGUUCGGUCUAUUGCCACACAAAGCGAUGACUCAAUAUCAGAACGAGUAAGCGAUAUGGAAGGAGAUCUGGAUGUUUCUGUCGAAGAGGAUAGUCGGCUUCCUUGUCGGGUCGAUGCCAUUUCAUUUCCUAGGUUCGAUGGAAGUGAUGAAUCUCUCAAUGGAAGAAUUAAUGCUGAUGAUUUUUCCGAGCAAUCGGACUCUUUUUCGGACACUUCUUCAAACAGUGAUCUGAUGGACAACUUGGAUCGCCUUGUUGUCUGGAAUCGACAGCAGCGCAGACCGAUGUUUGUAGGGUUUGUAGAGGUCUUCCGAAAUUGGAUCUAUGAAAUCCAAGAAACUUUGUUCGGAAUAUUUGAAUGCCGAAGUCGGUCUGUAAUGGCAUUGAUUUGGUGUGGAUAUACUUUUUCCAUAAUGAUAAUAGCAAACGGAUUUUUUCCAUAUAUGAUUUUAUACAGCUUCCUGUUCUUUGUUAUACUAUAUGCAGAAAGCGCACAACAACGAAGAAACAGGAUAAGACAGUAAAUAAAACGAAUAUGAAAAUGGCAAAACCUUUGGUCGAUAUUUAAUGAACAUGUUUAGAAAAAUAAAGAUGAAAGAGG